GCGCGUGCGCGUGUGUGUGUUGCAGAGAAGAGUCCGGCGCUGGAGGCGGAGCGCAGCUUCCAGGUGCUGCUGCACAUGGCGUCGAACCCCGAGUGCCUGGGCAUCGUGCUGCGGGGCCUGCUCGCGCACAUCCCGUGCCUGCUGCGCCUCCUGCAGACGCUCAACGAGACGGCGCUGCACCGCAGCAUGGCGGCGCUGCUGCACGCCGUUCUCAAGACCGCCGUCGAGACGUACGGCGGCCCCGACACGGAACUCGAGACUGACUCCAUCCCGCCGCCCCCGGCGUCGGCCGGCAGCCCACCGCCGCCGCCACCGCCCCCACCACCAGCGCCCCCUGGCGGGGCGUCGGCGGACGCGCCCUCGGCGGGACCCAGCACGCCGCCGGCGACGUCGCGGCGCCGCGAGCUGUCGGCGGCGCUGUGUCUGCUGCUGCGCGUGUGCCUCAGCCUCAUCCACGGCGUGCACGACCUGCAGUUCACCGCCAUGGUCACCAUCAAUAAGGUCAUCGACGCGUGCGUCGUGCACCAGCUGGCGUACCUCAAGGUCAAGGCCAGCGCCGCUCUGCAACACCCGUGCCACGACAGUUCCUCACGUUGUGUCCCUUGGCCGGCGGGACAGCCAGCAUGGGCUGGGCCGCUGGCGGCGCGGGCGGCGGCGUCGAGCGAGGCCGCGGGCGCGCGAUCGCAGCCGCGGCGGCGCGCUGCGGCGGCCAGCGCGGGGGCGGCGGCGGGCAGCGGCGGCGGGCGGCGGGCCGCGCCUGGGCGCCAAGCGGCUGGGCUCCGUGUGGCGGCAGCGGGCGGGCGAGCACCUCGAGCAGAUGUGCUGUCCAGCGCCCACGCGCUGUCGGUGCAACUGUGUGCGCGCUCGCGCGUGUGGUGUGUUGUGUGUCGGUGUGGUUGUUGUGUGUGCGUGUGUGUGCUGCGCGCGGCGUGUGGUGGUUGUGUGUCGUGUGCUAGUGUGCUGGUGUGUCUUCCACCUGUUCACUCUGGCUGGUUCAUUGCUCAGUCGCCGGAGCUGGUGGAAGGCGUCGCCAGGGAGGGUGGGAGAGAGGGUGGGAGCAAUCCUUCCUUUGGCUGCAUCUUUGAUCCGGUGCAAGCAGGCGACGACGCGACGGAUGAAACCCACCUACGCAAAGACUCGCUGCGAACUGAGAUUGCUCGCUGA